CCUUUCCCCACCCCCGGCGCCCGGCCCUGCCGCCAGCCCUGCGCUCCUCCAGCCGCCCUGCGCAUCUCUCCGGCCACAUCGUCCGCACCAUGAAGGCGCUCCUGCUCGCUGUGCUGGCCGCGGUGCUGUGCGUGGAGAGAGCCCACACGCUCGUCUGCUUUUCCUGCUCGGAUGCCUCCUCCAACUGGGCCUGCCUGACGCCUGUCCAGUGUGGAGAGAAUGAAAACCACUGCGUGACGACGUACGUCGGAGUGGGACUCGGCGGCAAAUCCGGCCAGUCCAUCUCCAAGGGAUGCUCUCCCAUCUGCCCCAGCGCCGGCAUCAACCUGGGGAUUGCGGCCGCCUCCGUUUACUGCUGCGACUCCUUCCUCUGCAACAUCAGCGGUUCCAGCAGCGUCCGAGCCAGCUCCUCCAUCCUGGCCUUGGGAAUCCUCAUCAGCUUCAUCUACGUCCUCUGGGCUCGCCAGUGAUGGGGCUGCCUGAGGAAGGGCCGCCUCCCACGGGUCUCGUUAGCCAAUAUCUUCUCUGUUGCUGUCUGCAAGGAGAUCCUCUACUUCUCAGCAGGCUUCCAAGGUGAUUGUUUCCCAGACUUUUUUUGCUCUUCCAAGCGAGUUGGAGGACCUGGGUGGUUUGGCUGAGCUUGUUCUCCUCCUCCUGUGGACGUCUCCCGCUGCACUCUCGCUCCUCCUUCGCCGAGGUGGAUGAUUUUUGGAAGGGUUUCUGCUUUUUCUACCUAUUAAUAAUCCCCCCCUCCCACCUCCCCUAAUUUCUAAAGUUGGUUAAACCAGGCUGGGACUCGCUGAGAACAGAUUCACCCCAAGCACCACCAGGUCUGCUCCAGCACAUGGGUGGCAGAGGCAGAGGGAAUGCAGGAUCCAAAGGGA